CCGAGAUUCCCCAACCGGUUGCAUUUGACAAGGUAACAAAUGCAUCCCGAUCUGGAUUUAAUCAGCGGGCAAUGAUAUUUCGCUUAUGCCAAGAUUUUAAUACUUCCAGGUUGGUUUCUGCCCUACCGUACACUACCGGUCUGGGCAAGAACAAUUGCAGUGUGUUAGCGGAUGAAUCUUCAUCUGAUCCCCCUUGGUUCGUCACCGUCUGAUAAUUUCGAGCUCAUCUGGAGUUGGUUUAACUCAGCCGCCUGGCCCUUCUGAACGAGCGUUCUGGCACAGCACUGCAAAGAUGGCACAGCAGUGAUGGCGCGGCACUCAGCGUGAGCUAUGGUUAUCAUCAGUAUCAGACAGCCAUCCCGUGCCGUCUUGUGGAGGUGUUGGUGUGCCACCCCCAAGAGGGAAAGGCAGAUCAAUAGUAGACGGCGCCCCCAUGAACUACAACAAGCCCCCAGACUGCAUCAGGAGCAACGCAGUCAAGCGGCCUUCCCCGACCCACCCGACCGCAACCCACCGCGCCGAACGCCGGCAGCAGAGCAGUGCGCGAUUGGCCCAGCGAGACCCGAUCGUGAUUGCUGUCCAGGCACCCCGGCGGGCCGAAGGGUGGAGUCGGGUGGAUUCAGCAACUCGUUCAUCAGUGCAUCAGGGGGGCCCAAUCCCUGGAGCAGAUCGUGUCGUGGACCGUGGGUGGACUUUUGUUCUCGCCCGUUGUCGCUGUGCCGCGUGUUGUUUCUAUUUUACCAUUUCUGCUGCUUCAGGCUUCUUCCAACGCUCUUAGCCUUUUCUACACCUCAGUCAGCAACGUCUCGCGAUCGAGCGUCUCUGGAGAUUCUCAGUACAGGCAGCGGCCAAGACACACAGCGCAGCUGGAAGAAGCACACCUGGCCUCUCCAACUUUACACGCGUUGGUCAGCUACGGUCUCCUUUCCCAACUGGGCAGUGGCAUUACCGCCCAAAUUUCCACUGCCCACCUCCCUCGUCCCAUUGGUGUCGACCUCGUCCCGCUCGGCAUUGCGUAUAUUUAUCCGGAGCGCCCUUACCAGACGUAUUGACCAACCGAUUGGCAACGCCAGCACGAGCUCGUCAUUGGACUUUCGAGACGCUUCAUCUCCAGUUCCUGGUGGAUGGGUUCCCGCGCCUGGCCGCCCGCGACCGAGCAUCUAGACGGAGCGCAUCGGUUGCAACAACGGUCAACACCAACCGUCAACGACAACCUCGACGUGAACGAGUGUUUCCGCUCCGCUCUCGCCCCACAAGUCCGACG